UAGUCACGGUCGAAAUUUAGAAACCGAACAAUAGGUAUUAUAUCCUCCAAGUGUAAACUGAAGUCUGAAAUAACUUGGAAGAAAAAAAACAUUUGUAAAAUGUCGUAAGGCCUGAUGAAAACUGGGCGAAUAAUGUCUUUUUUAUGUGACUGAAAACUGCAAAAAACAGGUUUUAUCUGGAAGAAGGAGACGUAUGGGGUGAUGAGUCAGCAGUCAUUUAGGGUUAUUUAUACAUUACGUGAGUUUGUGAGUUUUUUUUUCAAUUACGCAAGAGAAUAGGCAACUGUAGACGUCCGUCGUAGAUUACCGUCAAUGUCACAAGAACUUCGACAUUGAGUGGAUGAAUGUUUUUUUUUUUUUUAUCAUUUGGAAAUUUCAUAAGGUACAGAUAAAAAAAAUACUAACAAAGUAAUAAUUUUACCAUUUGCCCCAUGAGUGAAGUAAUAUAACGGAAAAAAGAAAAACCACACAUAUCUGGAGGAUCCUGGAAUGGAGCACGAACAAAAAAUGGCACAAAAGUCGAAGACCGACUGGGAAAGGGACUGGGAGUCAGCUGGAUUAAGUCCUUGCAGUCCUCACGAAAAAACACGUAAUCAUUACUCCAAGUGGGCUACUCGCUACGACAAGGAACUUACAGAUAACAUGGGAUACGUGGCACCCAAGAUAGCAGCUGAGACACUGAGAAAAUGGGUGAAAGUCAAAGAUGCCCGAAUACUAGAUGCAGGUGCAGGGACGGGGUUGGUUGGAGAAUGUCUCCAACAACUAGGAUAUAACAACCUGGAUGCACUUGAUAUCUGUCCUGAGAUGCUUGAAAUUGCCGAGAAAAAAGGUGUAUACAGGAAUAUGUAUGUCGAUAUUCUUAGCGGUCCUAUCCCAAUCCAACUGCCGUCGAACCAGUAUGAUGCAGUGGUAUGUGUUGGAGUUAUUGAGCAACCCGGUCCCGCUGCGUUAGAUGAGCUGAUCAGGAUCACCAAACACAAUGGUAUUAUUGUCUUCACCCUGCGCGUCGACAUCGCAGAAGAUCCAGAUGAAGUUGAUUUCAAACAGACACUGCCAAAGAUAGAAUCCGAACACAAAGUGAUACUUCUUGCCAAACCUCGCACUGCUUAUCGUGAUCUUACCGAUUGCUUUAUGUAUACUUACAGAGUACUGAAAGGAACUGAAUAA